GAGAGGGAUGCACAAUGGGCCAUGGUGUGGUGGCUUCGGGUGUACCCAGACUUCAAGUUCAGAACGAUUCAUUCCCACUACGUAAUGUGUCUAGCCUUUCGUAAAUAGGCGUUAAAGUUAUAGUGUCUGAAGUAUCCUUGUAACAAACAAGAAGUUUUAAAAACAUACGGAUGCAGAUUUGUAUGGUAGUUAUAAAACAAGUUGCUUGGGAGGACAUUGCUUGCUAUUAGACGGAGCUCUGGUAAGAGGAACUUGUAUCCAACAGUCGCCUGAAGUGUUCGUCUUAACGAGAAGAAUAGGAAGAGAAAAAAAACAACCAGCGCGCAGAAGAAGAAAAAAAAUAUUUUUUUUUUGGCCGGGCAAUUAGUAAAGAUAAGAAAAGGGCGGGGACUGCACAUUUUCGAAGCGACGGCCCUGACGUCACUGCAACCAGAGUCCAGUUUAUCAGACGAGUCUGAGAGGAAAGACGCUGAGAAUGGCUUCGUCACUGAGUCUUGUGUUCUCUCUUAGAACUGUGUUCGUGUCCUUUGCCUCCUUAUUUGUGCAACUGAUUUUAUUGACCAGAAAUGGAAUAACUGCUAACGGUACAGGGAGUUGUACAGAGAUCUGGACUAAUGUUGUGUCAUUGGAUGACCAAUGGAGGUCAGUGUAUAAUGACCAGACCUCCGCUAAAGAACAUUGUGACGAGGGUAACUUAAAAUUGGACACGUGGUACAGUUUCAGUAAAACUGAGGACAACGAAAUACCAACAGAGUGUGUCAAGAAUCAUGCCUGCGGGACACGAGUCGGCAUGUGGUUAGAUCUGUCUGGUCAGCCAAUUACGGAGGAUGGCUCUAUCGUUCAGGCUCAUUUAUGUGGGGCAUAUAAUGUUUUAGGGAAGUACGAUUGUUGUGUUCUAAGGACUCCAGUGUCAGUAAAGAAGUGCAGUGGGAAAUCUAUUUAUAAAUUACACAAGUCUAUUGACCGCUGUUCUGUCGCAGUCUGCACACAAGGAAUCAAUGAGACAUUGAACGAUACAGUCAAAGCUGUGGCAGGUGCAAUUUAUACUGAGGAUACAUCUACUGGCACUACAAACUUGUUGGUAACAGAAGCCUCAACUUCUGGCUUAGAGAUGAGUGAAACAUCUUCUAUUGGAGAAACCACCAAUCAGGCAUCAUCAGGUGAUACCGCCAAUACGGCAACUUCUGAUGGAAACAACACUGAGACAUCUUCUGUUGAUUUUACCAGUGAUGUAUCUUCUAAUGGAACCAUUGAUACAUCUUCUGUUGAUGUCACCAGUGAGGUAUCUAGUGAUCGAACCACCACUGAGACGGCUCCUGUUGAUGUCACAAAUCAAUCAUCUUCUGUUGAUGGUAGCACUAAAGUAUCUUCUGAUGAAACCAGCAUUGAGCCACCUUCCACUGGUACCACCAAUGAGACAUCCACUGAUGGAGCCUUGCCUGUUGGAUCUUCUGAAGGUUUAACCAGUAAGGCGUCUUCCGAUGGAACCACUAUUGCAGCGAAUAAUGAAGGGACCACAAUUAAAAUGACAUCUGAUUUUGAAACAACUCAAACAUCUAGUGUGAGCUCCUUUAGUUCAAACGAAAUAUCAGAUUCGGUCAUUGCUGAAGAAAGUACAACAGACCAUGCUAUUUCUUCUAAAGAAGCAUCAGGGACCUUCUAUGAGAGUACAGAAUCACCAUCGUAUAGUUCAUCUACCCCAGCAACAUCAUUUUCAGAUGAAUCCCAAUCAGAUUCCACCGACAGCACUGCUGAGGUGAGCUCAGAGUCUACGUCGGAAAUGACAAGUGGCGUCACUGGUGCCCUACAGGAUAGCACACUCUACAUGUCUACAGAUGACAUUGCUCCUCAAAAGUUCAUUCAACCAUCAACGACAGAAACUGAGACAUCAACGACUGAUAUUCCUCCUCCUAUGCCUGCUGAAAAUGAGUCAACAGAUAAAACGAGCCCAGAGACCAUUGUUUCAACGCAAUAUGAAUCAGACGUCACAGAAAACUUUACCUUCCUUGGAGAAACAUCUAAGCAAGCAAGUGAGUCCCCGCUACCAGUUUCAGCAGGUGAAAUAUCUACAGACAUUCCGGAGAUGUCAUCCACACAAGAAUCUUCAACGGGUAUGGACCUACUGACCACGAAUGAUUCCAUCCCAUCCAGUUCUGAAGCUAGCAGCACAGAUCAAUCGGGCGAUGAAAAAGCACCCGAGACAGAGCCGACAUCAGGUGUUAUCUCGACCUCAACUACCACCACGCAAGGAGUGAUCACCAGCAUCAUGCCAACGAAGGCAUCCACUGAAAAAUCCACAACUUCCUCUAUACAUGACGUUAUUAUGGUGGAACAUAUAAAGCUGAUAUUUAGAUCUCCAGCACCGAAUGUCACAAUCAACCUGGUUCACCUGAUGACUAGUUUUUUCCGACGUGCUGAGAACGACUCAAUACAUCGCAACAUGAAAGCUUUCUUCAACAUGACCAUUCCUUCGGAAUACAAUGAGACAUGCUAUUUGAACAGAACUUGUGUCAUGGUCAAAAUCACAUCCUCAGGUGGAGAAGGUAUUACAAAUGUAUUUGACAGACUGGACCUCACUGCCUUCUUGGAUAAAAAUGCUAGUUAUAAGCUAAUAGGAUAUUGUAGAAUCAGUGAGAAGUGCGAACACAAGGAGGAGACGCCAAAGGUUCAGGCUUCCCAGACUUCCUUUGAGAAGAACGCGCCCAUCUUUAUCACCGUCAUUGCCCUGUGUGUCGUCUGCCUUGCUGUCAUCAUCGUUGGCGUUAUCUGCACAAGGGUCUGGAGGAGAGGAACAUAUCAUGCUGGAGACAAUGUUGAACGUGCAGGAACCGCCGAAGAUGACCAUCAUCACGUGACCGCGACGCCGAGCCCAUUCACAGACGAACAAAUCAUGAAAGACGAGCUGGUCACCAGCAAACCGGACAUAGCAGAGAAAGGGUCAAGUAAUGGAAGUGCACUGGAUGGCGGAGAAAGCACUUGGGUUAUCCCCUUGGAUGACGCCCCAGCUCCAGAGGUACCGCCCAUAAACUGCGAAGACACCAAACUUUGAGAUAAAUGACUUGGCAUUUAGGCAAUAACUGAAAAUAAACUAUUUUAUUGACUGUCGAAUCUUAGGAUGUUACAUUAACAACAGCCCAGAAGAAAAGUACGAACUAAAACAAUUUUUGUGUGUGUUUUAUAGAGAAAAAGAUAAGUCACAUUGUUUGGUUUCAUUCUUCAUUUCAAAAUUAAUGUAUUUCAAGCUAAACCAGAUCAGCAUUUGUAGCCGGGUUAUGUCUGGGUAUUGUAAGUCAAGUCCACUUAGUCUAAAUGGUGGAUUUUCUUGCCCAUUUUAGGUUAUCAUCCAUAUGCUAAAUUUUCCAUUCAUGUUCAGUUUUCUUUAGUCACACGUUGGUGAAGACUAAUGGAAAAACAACUGCUGUUUUAAAACUACAUGACACUUGUAUAAAAAGGGCUCAUAACAUUGAGAAAAAAUAAUUAUCAGAGAGCCCUAAUUACUCUGUAAUACUUUGGAGUAAUACGUGAAGAAGCUAAGAGGUAUUGAUUUAAAAUUAUGACACACGGACGCAUAUCCAUAAAAGACAAGCCUUUUUAAGUUUCCAGUGUACAGAAAAAAAAGGUGUUGAUAAGCUUACAUCUUUUUUUGGUGAAGUUUGAUGUUAAUUUGUGUGUGCAUGUUUAUAGCACGCGGCCAAAGCCAAUGUUCUGAGUUCUUCUGUUUGUAGUGUCUAUUUAGUUGGCAGCAUUGAACUUGAAUUGAGUGUCCUUGACAUUGUUUUUGAAAAGCUCCAAAAGGGCAGAGAAGGAACUUAAAAAGUAUAACUCACUUGCAGAACGAUAUAAUUGUAUGCACAAUUGAAUAUUGUCACCUGAUCAUUCAAUUUGUUUCGGAACGUACAGUAAAUGUUUCCUUUUGUUUCAUGUUGCGGUAAUGUCUUGAUUUCAGAUCCAUCGUUUGGUUCUUUUUUUUUUUAAAGAUUAAUUUCCAAGAAAUUUCUUUUUGAACUGAAGACUACUACACCAAAGUUUUCAAGACUUUAUAAAUAUUUGUGUGUGUGUGUGAAUGGAAUUGUUACAUGCAUCGCAAUUUUAUGUGUGGCAUAAAUGUUAGAUGACAAAAAAAAAAUGUAUAUGUUGUGUUUUAUAUGUCUGAGAAUGUCAAAUGCUAUGAUAAAAUGUAUGUGGUGUGUGAGUAGUAUGUGUAUGAUUGCGUUUUUUGAUGUUUAAAAGUAUUCCAACGAACGAGCCCUCCACUUGUUGUUAAUCCCAUGACUAGCAAUAAGGUAUUUGAUGAUGUCUAUGAAGACGACAACACAUAAUGAGUAACAGGCGGAGAGUGCAGAAGUGUAUGGAGAUGUUUGUAAAAAUGUUUGAAAAAUAUUUCGGAUCUUCCUUCCAAGUUGAAGAUAAUUUAUUUCCUAGUCCAGAACGACGGGGGUGGCAGCGGACAGGGUUUGAACCCGGGACAGUCAACCAAGUCCAAACGACAGUCCAGCGCGCAUACCGCAUGACCAGGCAGCUGAUUUGGUGAAUGGGAAUGCCAUCAUCUUAUGAAACAAAUUCUAUUGAAAAAUGUAAAUAAGUGUAUUUUAAGUGUGUUUUUUUAUACUUUGUUUUCAUAUAACGCAUGCUGUCUUUAUCUAUACUCUGUUUCAAACUGGCAGGAUAAAAGUGUAAUUUAUGCGCUAAUUGUGGAAAUAUAAGUUCUAGUACAUGUAUUUCUAUUCCAGCUUCUGAAUGUGUUUUAGAUAGGCAAGGCUUAAACUGUUUGUAUGCACAUACUUUUCAUGCAGCAAGGCCUCUUUUUUUUUUUUUUGAAUAAUUUUGUAGUACUGAAAUAAGCUUCGUUUUUCAUGUUAAUAUUUCUAUAAUCAAUUGUAUGACUGUGACUUAAAUAAUAUUUUUUAAAGAUUAUUUCUUUAUAAUAACACUAUGCAUAUAAUAUUUAUUAAAUGUAAUAUACUUGAUUUGAUAGUUUGUAUUCAGGUAGGAAUACAAUGUUUGUGUGUUUAUGUGUGUGUGUGUGUGCAAUUGGGAGGAGAGGUAUUAAACUAAAAUAUUAAUUGAGGAAGAACCAAAGUAGAGUAAAUGUAACUAUAACUACAAAUUAGAGAUCUGAGACUUUAGAUGCACAACACAAGAAAGUUAAGAGUACGCCAAGGCACAAAUUAUAGAUCUUCUAUGUAAACCAGUGUUUUUGUUAAGUGAAAGUUUUUCCUAACAUAUAUAUUAAAGAUGUUUCUUAAAAACAAAAGAUUACUAAGCGUAUCGAUUUGGGAAUUCAGUUGUUAGUGUUGAUUACAAAACUUUACCAAGUCAUUGACUUUUCUGGUUUAUGAUUUUAACCCGUUCUAUGAUUGGGAAGAAAGGAUUAUUGUAUGAAUUCGUCCUACAAACGAAACAAUCUACAAGAAGUCUGGGUCCACUCUUAAAAACCCAACUUAUCACACUUCUUGUUGCGUUGUUCUACUAUCUCACAUUGGUGCUAAUGAUCCAGCUCUAGUAGAGUGACAAGGGCUUCAGCGACGCGGAAAGUAAGGGCUCAAAAUUAUUUCCCUUUACCAUUGUUGUCUCCUUUACGAAAGCUCAAAAGGACGCAGGAAUAGGCAUCAGAUAUCACUGUACAUAGAGCUGUCAUUUAUUGUAAGGUAUUCCCUGUCCAAAGACAACGUUCAUUUAUCAUGUGUACAUGUAUUCUUAAAUAUAAGAAUGAUACAUUUCACAUUAUUCUGUAUACUAUUUUUUAUGUGCUUAGCUAGUAUGUUUUUAGAUUUGAUCUUACUAAUAAUAUGGCGUUUUAAAUGCAAUUGUUAUUAUUACAAUUUAUUCGAAUUAUGCAAGGUUAUGUUAUACAAAUUACUUGAAACAUAAAUAUAUGCAUUGGUAUUGGUUAUUUUCCUUGUAUUAAAGAGUGGAAAAAUCUAAAUAAAGCUUUUUAUUUAUCUAUA